ACUGCCGUUAUGAGAAGAGAUUUUGAGACUGCUGACAAGGAGCCAAAGGAGCAGCGUACUCGGGUAGCUCACUUCCUCGAGAAAGAAGGAUUCAAACGACAAGCUCUCGCUGUUUCGCAUGAUCCUGAUCGCAAAUUUGAUUUUGCUUUUGCACUCGGAGACGUGAAGACUGCAUAUGACCUUGCUCUGCAAGGUGACAGUGAGGAAAAAUGGAAAAUGCUUAGUCAGGCUGCCACCUUGAAAUCUGAGCUUAUGCGCUCGCUGGCGAAUGUCUUGGUUGAUUGGCGGCCGACUCUGCCGCAAGCGGGCAUCAUACUGCAUUUUACUACAAGCCUUCUGUUAGGAGGUGUUGAUGCCUGCUUAGAAUCUCUUACUGCCACUGAUCGCCGACCAGAAGUGGCCUUCUUUCCUCGCACUCAAUGUCCCAAAGAGUCAUUUGUGGAAGGAGAAAGCAGAUCGAUUGCAGAAGAAUACGAGUAG